CUGAAAACAGAAAACCCGAACCGGUCAUGGUGGUAACGAUCGUGCAGCGCACUUGCGUUUCUGAAUUUUCCCAGUGAUAUCGCGCAAUAAUCACACUUAUCAUUUAGCGAACAACGUGUCAGCGGCCGGUUUCAAUAAAAAUGGGCGCUUAUUUAUCCGAACCGAUAACCGAAAAAGUGUCCACCGAUCAAACGGGGAAAAAUAUUUCAUACGGCGCGAGUUCAAUGCAAGGCUGGCGAAUUAGUCAAGAGGAUGCCCACAACGCGUGUAUUGAAUUCGAUGAAAAUGUUUCACUAUUUGCCGUUUAUGAUGGACAUGGAGGUCAUGAAGUUGCUGCAUAUUGCGCUCGAAAUCUACCGGAUUUUAUAAAAAAUACUGAGGCGUAUAAAAAUGAUGAUAUUAAACAGGCCCUCAUUGAUGCAUUCUUAGGUUUCGAUGCUACUUUGGUAAAGCCGGAUGUAAUCAAUAUAUUGAAGGAAAUUGCAGGAACAAAGGAUCCAGACAAGAAGAAAGAUGACGAUGAGGAAUCUGAUGAAGAGGAGAACAUCAACAGUCUCUGCAUGGAGGCGCAAAUGCCACUUGAACAAGUAAUGGCGAAAUAUCAAUCCGAAGGUUCGCAACCACCGUCAAAAAAUGAGAAGAACGAAAUUAAUAAUCGUAUUUAUUCAACGAGUCCGUACUUACGAAGUCGAAAGGGUAAAGAGAAGGCAAGUUGUUCAUCGUCAGGCGCCGGUUGCUCUUCAUCGUCAUCGUCAUCCUCGUCAUCGUGGAAUACAAACGAAAGUGAUGUGAGUAGCUCGAGUCAACCUUGUGGUUCAAGUUCGGCAGAUAGAAAAGAAUGUGUGGCAAGCAGUGAGGCAGAACAAGUUCUCGAUUCAACAACAAGUAAUGGUGAAGUUGCCGCCGAGACAUCUGAUCGUGUCGCUUCAACGCAAGCUGAAGAAUCAGCAAAAUCAUCUGCCGACAUGCCCGAUAGUUCAGAGGACGUCAAGGAUAAAGUAUCGCCAAGUAAAACGUCACCAGAAAAAAGUACAAACGACACGGAAGUGAUAAAUGGCGGCGGUGGCGGUGGUGAUAAUGGCUCAAAGGAAAAUUUAGACGAUGCCGAUAGCAGUAAAGGUGGAACUGACAGUGCAAUCAGCAGUUCUUGCAGUCCAGUUGAUAACGGCGAGACGGAGGAGCAGGCGAAAAUAAGUAGCAGUAACACUCGGAAACGACCGUCUGCCAUUGAACUUUAUAAGAGUUUGCUGCAGGAAUAUGCCGAGAGUAUAGAGAAUCCAGAAGAGGAGGAAGACGACGAUGAUGAGGAGGAUGAGUCUUUUGUUGGAAAUCGAAAAAAGAAAAGUUUACUCAGACAGUUCGAUGAAAUGGAUGAUAGUGAUGAUGAUGACGACGAAGAAGAAGAGGAAGAGGAAGACGAGGAGGACGAUGACGAAGAGGAUGAUGACGACGAUGAGGAUGAAGAUGAGGAAAUGUACAACGAUGACAUUAACAUGAAUAUGACCGAAGAGCCUGGAUCGGACAGCGGUUGCACUGCAGUCGUGGCACUAUUGAAGGGUAACGAUUUAUACGUCGCAAAUGCUGGCGAUUCAAGAUGCGUUUUAUGCCGUGAUGGCGAUGCAGUUGAAUUGAGCUUUGAUCAUAAACCGGAAGAUCAGCCGGAAAUGGAUCGCAUUAUAAAAGCAGGUGGCAAAGUAACUGCCGAUGGACGCGUCAACGGUGGACUCAAUUUAUCCCGAGCAAUUGGCGAUCACGCGUACAAACUAAAUGUCGAAUUGUCACCUCAGGAGCAAAUGAUUUCAGCAUUACCCGACAUCAGGCACAUGACAAUUGAUUUGGAGAGAGAUGAAUUCAUGGUACUUGCUUGCGAUGGAAUUUGGAAUUUCAUGACAAGUCAGGACGUCAUUCAAUUCGUGCGAACACGCCUCAAGAAGGGUUGUCAAAAUGUCUCCAAAAUCUGCGAAGAGUUAUUCGAUCAUUGCCUCGCGCCAAAUGUUUUGGGCGAUGGAACUGGAUGCGACAACAUGACAGCGGUGAUUGUUCUAUUUAAACCAUCAUUGCCAGUUAAUGAUGUGAGCAAAUCAGCGAGCGAACAAUCAGUGACGAAGAAAAGGCCCGUGACACCCGGUUCACCGGAAGCUAAGGAUUGCACGACGCACGACACUGUGAUAGAUGAAUGCAAGCGUCAAAAAACAGAAGCCGUUUGAAGGAAACAAAAAAAAAGAGGGAAAAUGUCUCGAAACUGAAAAAAAAAUAAUUGACCUACUCAUGUUCAAGUGAAUAUAAUUUUUUUUAAUUUACAUACAACUUUUACAUAGUUACGCAAAACAGAAAAAGCAAAAAAAAACAAAAAAAUGCACGAUUUUUAUAUAUAAAAGGCACUCGAUAGACUGAUUUAUUGGGACAAACGUGGGUGAUACGUGUUUCUUUACAAGAAAAAACUGAUAAAAACCAACGAAUCCAAAUUAUUUUUCUUUAUUUCCGUUAUUUGUGAAUUCAAUUUCUUUUUUAAAUCAAAAUUCGAUGGUUUUUUUCAUAAAGAAAAAUAGGAUUGUAAAAGAAAGUAAAGUUUUUAACGAAAGAAUUGUGUAAUUCGAAAAUUGUAAACGACGAAAAAAGGAAAAUGUAAUAAGCAUCAAAUUUUUUCUUUUUUUAAUUUCAGUGGAAAGACACCUUUAUGUAUUUGUAGAUGAUAAGGUAAAAAUAAGCAUACAUUUAAAAAAAAAAAAAGUACGGCAAAUUUAAGGAAAACUAUGAAUUGUAUGAAUUGUAUGAAUUGUAUAAUUUAUUGUUUUUAUUCACAUCGACGUCAUAACAUUUAGAUUUAAAUAAUAAUUUUUAACUAUU